CCUUUCCUUUGCUGACGUCGGGUGAAGCAUCGGGAUGGACAAACUCGUAGACUUCGACAGUUUUUUGAGGAAUGUCGACAAAAUAAGUGAACUGGUGAAAGAUUUAAAAUCGCCUGACACUGAGGUGCAGCAGAGAGCGGUGGAGGAAGCAGAUCGGUUUGUUGCUGUCCGUGAGGCAGAUGAACCAUGCAGGACAAAAAUCAACAAGACGAAGAUCAACACAAACCCUCCACCACCGCUGCCCACUUCCUCAGAGAAUAACAAUAUAGAUGAUUUCUUGAAGAUUAUGGAGAGAGAUGCUGAAGACAGGAGUAAGAAGAGGAGAGCAAAGGAGGAAAAGGCAAAAGCACUCAAAGACAAGGGGAAUGAAGCCUAUGCCAGAGAAGAGUAUGAAACUGCUGCGAAGUUUUACAGUGAUGGGUUGGCUGAGUUACGAGAUGUGCAGCAGCUGUACACUAACAGAGCACAAGCAUAUAUCAAGUUGGGAAAGUACAAGGAGGCCAUCAGUGAUUGUGAAUGGGCCUUGAAGUGUAAUAAGAGGUGCAUUAAGGCUUAUCUCCACAUGGGCAAAGCAUUUCUGGGUCUCGGGAACUAUAAUGAGAGCAGGAACUGCUAUGAAAAAAUAGUGAAACUCGAACCUGGGAGGGAGCAGAUGGUCAAAGAAUAUCAAGCCCAGGUGGACUUGGAGGAAGAGAGAGAUAGGCAGGAGAGGAAUGCGAGAGAAGAGUUUGACAAAGGAGAGGAGAAGGCCACAACCGUGCCCCAGCUGCUGGAGAAGCUGUCAGGGCCCAGUCAGGUACCCCUCUACUACUAUGGAGGGUUGGAGCUUCUGUCACAAGCCAUUUUUAACUGCACUGGCCAGACCCUGUUCAGAUUGAACAAUGGCUUCACUAUCAUCAGUGGCAAUGACACGGUGAGGAGUUGCCUAUCACAGACAUCAAGAGAACCGUACAGCCGAGAGCUGUGCUUGUCUGUGUUGAAACUGUGGAGGGUGAUUUGCAAUAGAAAUGAUGAAAACCAGAAGAUGCUGAUGAUCUGCCCAGUUUCCAGCAAAUCCAUUGUUGGUUUGUUAGCAUCAGAACACGUCUCAGUGCGUCUAGAAUGUCUGGCAUUGCUCCGCUUAUACUCACAAACACCACACAGCAGAAGUUUGGUUAUUGACAACGUGAAUUUGCACAUGUUGGUGAAGAAUCUAAUGGCAUGCAUCUUGAAGCCAGAGCAGCAGCAGGAGAACAUUGCGCUGACUAUUCUGGAAAACUUUGCAUCAGAAACCAAAUUUCGAAUGAAGCUGAGGGACUUGUUUACAGAAUGCAUUGCUGCCCCUUUUACAACAAAACUGAGAGAUAUCAACAGGUACAGUGAGCAUAUCCUUCAAUCUCUGAUACCAAUAAUUGGCAGCCUGGCUAAAGACGAUGUCAUUCGCCACAAUAUGGCUCACUGUCCAAACUGUUGGGAGGGCUUUCUUUUAGCCAUGAAACAGUGUGGAGAGGGUGAUUACAAAGAAAUCAUUUAUCCUAUGCUUGGGCUGAUGUUCAACCUUUCCACUAUCACCUCCCGAACCAUUCAGGAGCAUGCUGUUUCUAUCUGUAACUGGUGUUUGGGAUUGCUGCAUGAUGACGAUGGAAAAAAUAGGAGUAGAGCCAUAGGUGUGCUGAGCAACAUCCUCCCACAGUCACCUGCUGCCAUUCAGCAUGUCGUCCAGGGGGGUAUGGUUAGUACCGUGCAAUGCUUACUAAAGGGAGCAGGGCCAUCUACUACUAAAUAUACUAUUAAGUCCCUUGCAGUAUGCACAGCUGUCAGUCACUUGGCACGCCAAGAGAUGGUGAAGUCUGAUAAAACACUCUGCACACUACGUCAUUUGCUGGACUCCAGCUGCGAUGAGGCCGUAUUGGGGAACGCGGGCCUAUGUUUAGGCCACUGUGUGGAGGUGGAGGAAAUGGCCAGCAACCUGCUGGGCUCUGAUAUUGUGCUGCUAUUACUGCGCCACGCUGCAGGGGAUGCCAAGAAUACGGCUGUACAGCAGAACGCUGCAAUCGCUCUGGGGAAACUGUGUCGAGCUGAACCCAGACAUAUAAACAAACUGCGAGAACUCCAUGGCCUUGAGAUACUCCACUCCUGUAUGAAGCUUAUCACAUGA